AUGCGAAGUGUGCCAAGCUUCGACGUGGAGGUUGAGGUCUUGCAACACUUGCCCGCGGUGGUUUUACAGGCUUUGAGCCCAGUUGAAGCGAAUUAUGGCCCACACCAAGUGUCCAAAGACAGGUUCGGCAGAGGCAAUGGCUACCGGGUGCACGCAGCCAUGGUCACCUUUUCCUGGCACGCCCAAACGGUCGCAGAGCGCGUGCAGGCCUUGCAGGCGCCAGUCCACAAAGCGAGCGCCGAGAGGGCCCUUGCAUGGUUGCUGCAAAACUCCGGAGACGGACCAGACCAGACGGCUUACGGGGCCUUUUGCCAAGAGCAAGAAACCUUUGUGAACAAGUACCCACAAGCAGAGGCCAGGCAGCGCAAGCGCUGGUUGCGGUUCAUCGAAUCUGAAGGCUUGGAAUGCGCACUCUGGCCACAUAUUUUCACUCAGAGGAAACAAUGUCUGACCUGGGCGAGGCAGCAAUCGUCGUCGCGACAAGCACGCGGCGCGCACCGCACCACUCUGUGGGAAAGGGCAUUUCCGGAACCAUUGGUGAACGUGGAGGAAGAAGCGCCCCCCGACGUGGCGGGCACCAAACGGAGCUACAUGGCCUUGCUCUUCAGCCCCGUCCUCGACGUGUCUCUAUCGUACGAAAUCCUCCAUUUCACGUAUGAUUUGAACUUAUGGACAGACUUAGGCUCGAAAAAGAACUUGCACAGUGGGGUCCCGCUACGCCUGAUGCUCAAGAACCAUUCGUUUUCGAGAGAGUAUUGGUUAGAUAUGCAUCGAGCCGUGGUGGAUUUGGUGCGCCAAAAAGGGUACCCUCCGGUCUUUAGCACUCACAGCCCGUUCGAGUGGAGCUUUCCAAAUCACGUGCACGUGCUCGAUGCAAUGACAAAAGCACGUCGAGGACGCUUGCAGCAUCCGAUCAUGGAAGCGCUUCAUCAGGCGCACGUGUUGUUGCAGGUUGGAAAGCAUGUGGUUUCAGGCCAAAACCAGGAAAAAAAGCGGGCCGCGCAUUCUUUCGAGCAUCAACUGCUCCAGCGGCAAAAAGAGGAUGGCAGCCUGGUGGCUCUGAGCACAUUUUUGCGCCUCGAAUUCCAGGACGGCAAGCGUCGAGCCGUCUCCCAGUCAUACCACGGGUCUGGCCGCGUCCACAUCCACCAGUUAGAUUUUGUGAGUCGGCGAAGCCGGGUCGAAGAUCUGAAGGCCCUGCAAUUGGACAAAGCCAUCAGUGCCAGCUUGGAACACGUGCCACCAUCGGUGCAAGCCUUUGCUGCGGCUUCGCAGACGGAUGACAAGGCCAAAACGCCUUGGGCGGUGGAACGGCGAAGCAACCAGUUCGAUGACGAGCAGGAGGCCUACGUGUUCUUCCACAGCGAAGAGGACCAUCGUCGAGGCGUCCGAGGCUUUUUUCCGACCGUCAUGGAGGUGACGAAAUGUCAUCAGGACGUGCAAGUUGAAGCUGCAGGGCAGCAGAACUACGCUGCGUACACAGCCAAGUACGCGCCAAAAUUUUCGGAUGCGUUCCACGAUGAGUUACUCAACGAUGACACCGACGGCAACAGUGUGGCCGCCAGCAUCCUCAGCCGAUACCAUCCCUGCAUCCCUGAAAUGACGCUUCAACUGUGUGGCAGCAUGUUUCACCAGUGGCACAUCAGCACCCACAGCCGUGGCCGUCGCAGCUUCGUGGUGCCCCUGCUCACGGCCGCAGAUUUCCCAAAAGAAGUGCAACUGUAUCAGACCUGUUCCUGGAGAGACGAAAGCAUGAGCCUGCUGGACUUUUUGCGCAAGUCCAAUGAUGCCGGAGAAGUCGCUGGAUGGUUGAAAGAAGCCUGGCAGGAGGCAAGCACAGAGCUGGAUCUGCCCCAGUUCGCCAACCAGUACAUCAUGGAAGGGGAGAAAGUCGUGGCCUGCACUUUCAACAGCCGCUUGAAAGACAGGUUUUAUGGCCAGUGGCUGCUGAUGAACAUCCCCUUUCGCGACCCGUGGCAGCUGUGGAACGAAGACAUCGUGGCAAGAGUUCCCCCAACAGAUGCGUGUUUGGCGCUUUGCCUCACCUGUGAUCACCCAGCAGCUCAAGCAAUGUGGCAUGACCCUGCAGCGAUUGAAAAUGACAUGCUCGUGGAAGGCAGAACACAGCUGUACCGCAAAAUGGUGCUAGACCAUGUUGCCACCCAGCAGAGCCUCAUCGACCAGUACGUGGCCGGAACUUUGCCGUUGCCCCCAGUUGUGGAGAGUCAGCAGCAACCGCAAGUCCAAAACGUUGCAAAAGAGUUUAGCCUCCGCAUCCAGAAGCGCUACCUGGCCCAAAUCGAAGCCCAACGGAAAACUGUGGAAGGCAGACUUUGCAUGGGGACAGCAGCGAAAAUUGGACAAGGGGACACCAUCUACUUUGAACAUGUGGCGCGUACAGUGGAAGCAGUUGAGCACUAUGAGUCCUUUGCGGCCAUGCUCGAGAGCGUUGGCUUCGAGAACGCCAUCCCGGACGCCGCUGACUUCGAAGAGGCUUUGGCCGUGUACCACAGCUUUCCCAAUUACGAGCGGCUGGCGGCCGAGCACGGUGUCGUGGCGUUGUGGUUGCAGGAGCCAACUGCACUGUUGCCAGAAGACCCACAGCAAGGCACCCCCCUGUGGAACCACGAGCAACAAUUUUGGUUGGCGCGCAUGGCGGCAGACUUGGACCGCGCCGUAGUCGCGCACAGUGCGGCAAGUGAAGGUGACUUAGACGAGGCCCGGGAGGCCGCAUUCGCCCAAAACAAGUUUCAAGUCCUGGAAGGCCCGCCGGGCACGGGCAAGACAUCGGUUGCGAUCGAGGCAGUGCGUAGGGCAGUGCAGAGUGGAGUCAAGUGUUUGUGGGCGGUUUUCACAGCCCAAUUGGCAGCCAGAAUGAAAGACAAGCUCCCAGCAGAAGUCGUGGUGGAGACGUGCCACGCUGCUUUCGGGCUGGACAUGGAUCUCUCAGAGUGCGGCUACAACUUGGCCGCCUAUGGCUUGGUCAUUGUCGAUGAGUUUAGUCAACUCCAGGCUCAGCAUUUGCACCACCUAAACACAUUGCGCGCCAAUGUGAGCAACUGCGUGGCAAUGGGGCUCGUGGGAGACCCAUUUCAAUGCGCAGGCUUCGGCUCCGAGCGUAUCUGGGCCACCCCUCUCUGGAAGAGCGCCACAGUGCAGACUCACUUGCACCAAGUGUACCGCUGCAAAGACCCGGACUUUCAAAAGAUCCUUUCGGCUCUGCGGACGGCAAAGCCGCACAGCACCAACCGUGGAGGAGCUCUGACCGUGCCGCGCAUCAUGGCAGGCCGUCGGGCCUGGAGAGGCCAUUGGCCACAAGAAAGUGACCUUGCGCGGCUCCUGCGCAAACACCCCGACACCACCUUCAUGGCAAUCAGUCGUAGAGGCACCGCGCACUUGGCCACUUUGGCGAUGCGUGUUUUGUUUGCAAACGCAGCUCCAAUAGCCACCUUGAAGGGCGAUGUGGAAUCCAACCCAGACAACUACACAGAUGACGGAGCACUGAAAGCCAUCAGAGACUUGGAGCCUUGGUCCAUUGCUUGCUUCGUUGGCAUGAAGGUGUUUUUUACGAAGAACGUCGACAAAGACAGAGACUUCGUGAACGGUAUGCAGGCCACGAUUGAGAGUUUUAAUCACCGCAGCAAGGCCCUCAUUGUCGUGACUCAAACCGGGCACCGCGUCCCGGUCCGACCGUGGACGGACACCCAGCUGGGCAACAAAGUCUACCAUCCUUUUCGUCCAGGGUAUGCCAGCACCGUUUUGAAAAUGGCUGGUAGUGAAUUGGCCCAUGCAGUUCUGUGGCUUGAUGUCCCCCACGUUCCAGGAGCAGCCUACACGGGCAUGAGUCGGGUGAGCUUCGGAAAAGACCUGUUGAUCGGAGGCAAUUUGUCUCCAGAGUAUUUCACCCCUGCACGGCCAUAA